UAUGAAUAUAAAACAAAAGGCAUAUAAAUUGAUUAAAAGUUGUGAUUUCUAUGGAGUAGAAAUAGGACUGAAUUACAGAUAACAUAAGUCUUAUAAAACUUUCUAUGGUGGAUUAUGGUCAUCAAUUGUUGCCUCCUUAAUUGCAGCUCUUUGUAUUAGUCAAUUCUUAGAUUGUUUAUUCUAUUUGUCUCCAGAGAUACAUGAAUACACAAUAGAUAAUGGAAUCAAUUAUAAAUUAUUGGAAUCUAGUACAUUUCGUUCCAUCUUAUUGGAUUUAGAAGAUGAAGGGAUUGUAACUACUCAUCAUCUUACAAAUGAUGAAACUAUAAUAGAUAUUCAUUAAUUUAAAUUAAUAGGAAUAUCAAUACCAACUAUUCAUGAGGAUAUUUAUGAUGUAGAUAAUCCUAUUAAAAUUGGUAAAUAAUAAAAGAUUGUUAGAAAUGUUGUUAAAAAUCAACAAUUAACAAUACAUAUUUAAAUGAAAAUACUAGAAUAUUAAACAGAUUCAGGCCUUUUAUGGGAGAUCUUGAGUACAGAUGAUCAAUUAUACUUAGAAAAUGUUGAUACAUACUAUUUAUAGAGUGAUUCAACUAGUUUAAGAUUAAUUUUUACAAUCAAGUACAAACAAACAGUACUUAGGUAGUCCUAUAAUAAAACAUGUGGAUCGAGGUUACAAAAGAAUUUACAGAAUUCUAUCAAUUACUGGAGGUCUAGUCAAAGUGUUGAUGUUUAUUGGAAAGUUUUUUAGUAAACCAAUAACCAGAUUGAAAUUUUAGAUAUCAUUUCUUAAUCAAUUUUUUAAUUUCGGAUCCACUAAAGACACUAAAUCUUUUUAUCCUCUCAAUUCUUUAGCUUAUAGUCAGAAAUUAUUGCGAAUGUAGACAGUUCGUUUAGAUUCAAUUAAAGUUAAUCCAAAUAAUAAAGAAUUAAAUAAAUAACCAACAAAAAUGAUUAAAAGUAUUCUUAAAAAAUAUUCAUAAUAAUAAAAAUAAAAUGCUGAUCAAGAAUAAUAAGUAGAUGAAGCAAUUAUUGAAGAAUAGAAUCAAGAUGUUGAUGAACUUAUAGCUAAAUACUUUUAACCAUAAGAUAUAAGAUUGAAAUUACAACAUAUUCAGUAUGUCAAAUAUUUUUUUGGAUUUACAGGAUAAUUAAAAAAAAGAAUUAAAUAAUUAAGAUAAAAUUUAUAAAUAGUUAAUUAAAAAACAGAUAUUAUAUAUGUUUUUAAUAAAUUAUAAGAAUUAGAAAAAUUAAAAUAAUUACUUUUAGAUGAAGAUUAAUUGAAUUUAUUUGAAUAUAUUCCAAAACCUAAUAUAGAUGUAAUUUAUACAAAAUAAGAACCUAAAAAUAAUACUAUUAUUAAAGCCACUUAAGCUUUUAGUUCAUUUCAAAGUAUAAAUGAAAAAGAAAAGAAAUCAAGAAUAGAUAAUGCACUUAUAAAGAUGAUAGAUGCAAAUAUUAAAAAAUAUUUUGUUGUCAGUUCAGGUUGUAUAUCAUUUGCUAGAAAUACUAAUCCUAAAGUAUCUUAUGUAAGUCCAAAUUCAAGUCCAAGAAAAUAAAACUCAGAGAUGUCUGA